AUCCUGGAUCCGGCAAUGUAAGCUACACUUAUUGAAUGUCGUCAAACAAGACAAUUGUGUGUUUUUAAAUUAGUUUGACUGCGCGCCACAUUCACCCAAGAAUUCUCUGUACGUUACUCUAAACAAAACAAUUAUAAAAUGCAUGUUGAAUAUGCGGCAUAUUCGUAGCAUUAACAGGAACCCCAAUUGGUAAAAUAAAUAUAAGAAAGCCUAGAGUACAAAUUAUCUUAAACUUUGAAGAAGUGGAAUCUGCGACUGUAAAAAAAUAUGUGCCCAAAUAUGUGCCCAAAUCUUUUGUUGUCUAUGCAGCAACUGAGCAAUUGAGGAUUUGUUAGGAAUUUCAAUUUUCAUGUCAUCGUAAUAAUUGUACUAAUUUCCUUUUAAUUUAGGAAGUGUUUGACGAAUAAAACAGAAAUCACAUUUUAUAUCGACCCUUAUAAUCGUAAGCACAAUAUGUUUGGAAUGAAGUGCAACACAACAAAAUGUGAGCCUUGUACUCCCGGAUUUUACGGACUACUUACUGGAAUAGGGUGUAAUCCUUGCCCACAAGGUGGGUUCUAUCAAGACGAAUAUGGAUAUGUCGACAGAGGUAAUUACAAAACAGACUGUAAACAGUGCCCAAUUGGAACAUUUUCGCCUAGUCUUGGAGCUGUUUCGAUUUUUAAUUGCCGGUCAUGCCCUACUGGAACAGAUACAGAUGCAAAAGCAGCUCUUGAUGCGUGUCCGUGCUUGGAGAACUUUCAUCGCACCUACCGUUACGGCGCAUGUCAGCCAUGUCAAAACGGUGUCGAUUGUACAGGUGGUUACCAGAAAUUGAGGACGGGCUACUGGUGGUCGUGGAAUUUUACAACUUAUAUUGGUGCAGAUAAUCUUGGAAGUUCCGACGAGUACAAACAGUUUGUUAACAACCUUAGUGAUUCCCAAUUUGACCUUUCUAAACCUAAUAGUUUAAACUAUACAGAAUAUAAAGGAUUUCUCCCUGCAGUUCAUUUGUGUCCACGAAGUGAGAGUUGUCAUGGUGGAGGUAUUGAAGGAAACUGUUCAAAAGGUUAUUCGGGUUGGUUGUGUGCCGAGUGCAGUGUUGGUUAUUAUGAAUUAUUUGACAAAUGUCACGAAUGUCAAGACAUUAAAAUCAUAAUCAUUGUAAUGGUUUUGGUAUUAUUGACAUUCUUUUGUCUUGCCUAUGGAGUGUGGAGACUGGAUAAUCGAACAAGGACAGGUGUCACAAAGCAAAACGACUCUUUUGUGAUACACUUAAAAAUCGCCAUUAAUUUUUAUCAAGUUUUGGGUAUACUAUCUGCAGUAAAUGAAAUUCAUUGGCCAGAAUCGUUUCAAUCUGUUGGACAAAGUCUCCAGUAUUUUGAUAUUGUACGAUAUGUCAAUGUCCUUAGCCCGAGGUGUAUAUUUCCAGGUGUUUGGAAUGCUUACACAUUUUUGUAUAUUGCCAUCGCUACACCAUUCUUUAUAAUUUUGUCGACAUCUAUCAUUUUCUUCAUCUGGUACAUCUACAGGUGGUACAAGUAUCAUCACUCACUGCAUCACUUAACAGACAACUUCUUGACGGUUACAAUGAUGUUGCUAUACUUGACCUACGCCAAUACUUGCUCAAACAUUAUGGCAGUCGGACCGUGGUCUGUCCGUAGGUUUAAUGUCACAGCAAAUGGUGAAUAUACAAAACUAGUGUUAACUUCUGACUACUCUAUUGACCUUGACGAAGAAGAUGGUUUGCGGUACAAGACGAACAAGUACAUUACCUAUUGUUCGUUAAUAUAUGUGGUUUGUUUUCCUCUUGUUCUCAUCCUGGUAAUGUAUCGCAGAUACAAACGUCAUGAAGUAGUAGGUCGCGAAGACGAACGACCAGGAACCAUGGGAAUGAGGUUCUUCUGCAAGCAAUACAGCAACAAGUUUUGGUACUGGGAAAUAAUUGAUAUGUAUAAUAAAGCUACACUCGCUCUUAUUGCCAACUUUAAAGACGACCAAGCCUCCAACAUGUCAUAUUCCCUCUUCAUCACCGUCAUCCUUAUAGCCCUGUAUCUGUAUCUUGAACCAAUGAAGGCUAAAUCAGAUCAGAGAUUUCAGUUGUUGACACUUCAUUAUAGUCAACUUAUCGGUUGGUGCAAUUGUUGACAUCGGGGAUUCCAUGUACACUGUAGAUGAGACUAUACUUGUUCUUCACGACAUAACACCAUUUAUUCUGCUGCUGCUCAACCUUUCUAUUGUGUUUGUUGUUUUUGUUGACCUACUAAAAAAAAAUUAAAGACAGCUUAUGGGGCUCACAAGACCUCGACAUUUUUGUCAGUAACGUUGAGGAAACCGAGGAUAAUGGGAAUGAGCUUUCUCCGAUACUACAGGCAGAUUUCGAUAGCUUAUCGACCUACAAUCCAACGAUUCACAAUUAGUAUUAGAAUAAUUAUUGGAAUUAAAUGAUUCAGUUUAGUAUAAAAACAUUAUAUUUAUUUUAAUUAUGAUAAUAUAAUCAAUGUUCAUAUAAUCUUUGAUAAUUUUUAUGAUUGCAGUUGACCUACUAAAAAAAUUCAGACAGCUUAUUGGGCUCACAAGACCUCGACAUUUUUUGUCAGUAAACGUUAAAGAAACCGAGGAUAAUGGGUGUGAGCUGUAUCCGAUACACAGGCAGAUUUCGAUAGCUUAUCGACCUACUAUCCAACAAUUCACAAUUAGUAUUCCAAUAAUUAUUUGAAUUAGAUGAUUCAGUUUAGUAUAACAACAAUAUAUUGUAUUUUUUCUUAAAUCUACAAAUUUAGUUACUUUGGCAUUUAAAAAAUGUACUUUUUCAAUCUAUUUUUAAUAUAAUCUAUUCACAGUGUGCACGCUGAAACAUUGGACCCCUUCAUCCAUUGCUGCUCUGCCUUUCAGCGUGAGGGCUGAAGUGCAUCUUACAAGGGCAUGCCGUUUUUGGAUGAGAAUAUUAUAUCAUUGAUCCAGUCUGCAACCCAUGUGUACAUUGAAGAGAGCAGUGACAUAUAGACAAAUUAGAUUGUCUCUUGGUAUACUGCCUACCUUACAUAUAAAGAAAAUCAGUUCUCUGUAUAGUUAGGCUAUAUAUGUGUAUGUUUUAUUAUAGAGCUUCAGUUGUAAUUGAGAUAUAGACAUAAUUGUAAUAAUUAGGUAGGACUUCAUCAUGAUUUCAUGUGUUAACUUGUCUUCUCCAAAUUGUUGUGUGAAAUACAUUCAAGUAAGUUACCCUUGAAAGUGUUGAAUCUUGUGACAGAUAUCCCCGACUGGAAGGGCGAAGUCCGACAGAGAGGGGACAGUUCUUAAACGGAAAGAAUAUAAUAUGUGGUGGAUAUUGUGUCUAGUGAAAGAUUAAUUUUAGACGUGGUACGGGGCCCAUGAACAAUUCUGUUUUUUUAAAGCUCGGACAUUCUGAGACUCCCGUUGAUGACUUUGAAUUUCUUUAUUCAAUUAGUUUGGAAAAUAUGAUGAUGAUGAUGACGAUGAUGAUGAUGAUCUGCUGGCGGCUCUGUAUGAGUCAUGUGGGAUUACUACGAACAAAGUGAACUCAUGGUUGGGCCAUGGAACUAAAAGGCACCUUUAUAUAACAUCUCCAGAGCAAACAAGUGAUUAGAAAACACAGCCAGAAAGUCCUAGGAAAUAUCGGAUGGUUGUGAUAUUUAUACUGGAAGACUAAUUGUGAAUUAUUUUCUAUGUCAUUUUCUAUGCUGAACGAGUAAUUACCAGCCCAUAAAACAAUUAAUUGGCUGGGAAAGGGUGACGUCAGGGUGUUCCAAUUGAGGUCCAAAGGUGUUUUAUUAUUAUCUGUAUUUGUUUCCAUUGAUGAUUGCUAGACAAGUCACUUAACCUAAUGUCGUGAUGUUUGGUUAUAUGUUUGGUUUGACCGUGUUAGAGUCUUGGGAAUUCUUAGUAGCGAUUCAAUACAACAGUUUAGUUCUCACUGGUUUACACAACCAUAAAAUGUCAACGUACAACAAAGCAAAAUAAAAAUACCCUGCAAAGAACAUGAAAAGUAGAAAGUGUGAGUAUACCUACUGCACCACAUGUGCAUGAACUUGCAGUAUCAUCAACUUAGUGAAUUAAAUCAUAAGUUACUUGGCAGCACAAAAUGGCCACAUUAAUAUACAUCAAACCUAUUAGUUAUAUUUCCUUAAACGGCAGCUCACCUGCUAGAUAAUAAGGAUAAUUUAGUAUAAAACUACACUGUUUUAAAUAUGGACUAGU